AUGUAGCCGGGUGUGAUGACAGCUGCUGGGUGUCUCUGUUGGCAGGUGAAGGAGCUGGUUCUUGAUAACUGCCGUUCGGACGAUGGGAAGAUCGUUGGUCUCUCUUCAGAUUUUGAGAACCUGGAGUUCCUCAGCAUGAUCAACAUCAACUUGCUGUCCGUCUCCAAUCUCCCCAAACUCAACAAACUUCGGAAGCUGGAGCUGAGUGAUAACAGGAUUUCUGGUGGCCUUGAAGUUCUAGCAGAGAGGACUCCUAACCUGACACACUUGAAUCUAAGCGGCAACAAGAUCAAAGAAAUCAAUACCCUGGAGCCCUUGAAAAAGUUGCCAAACCUGCAUAGUCUGGACCUCUUCAACUGUGAGGUGACGAUGCUCAUCAACUACCGGGAGAGCGUGUUCACCCUUCUGCCCCAGCUCACCUACCUAGAUGGAUUCGAUGCUGAUGACCAGGAAGCCCCUGACUCAGACCCUGAAGCAGAUGGGGAUGGACUGGAAGAUGAGUAUGAGAAUGGGGAAGAAGGUGAGGAAGAGGAUGAUGAUGAGGAGGAAGAUGAUUUGGACGAAGAAGUCAUUGAUGAUGAAGAAGAUGAAGAUGAUGAUCUGGAAGGUGAAGAGGAGGAGGAUGGAGUAGAUGAUGAGGAGGAAGAUGAGGAGGAAGACGGUGAGGAUGAUGAAGAAGAUGAAGCUGAUGAUGACCUUCCGCGAGGGGAGAAGAGAAAACGAAAUCUAGAGGAUGAGGGAGAGGAAGAUCCAGAAGACGAAGAGGACGAUGAGGAUGACUGAUCCAAGCGAGCCAAUCAGUUUUACAGACUAUGACUGUGCUUGUCUUAACCUCCCCGUUGUGUCUAUGUGAGACUGUAAAUCCCCAUCUCCCACUCCUCCCCCCUUUGUAUGGCUGCAGUGUCCGCAAUAUAUUUUUUUAAGAUGUAGAAUACUGUAGGCAUUCAGGGGAAUCUUCCAUACAAGGCUCACUUUCUCAAUCAUGACCAAAGGCUUUCUCCGUUCUGUGGUUUGUGCAGCAGUUU